AUGAGUGCGCCCCAGCUCAUCUGGCGAGCCGGCUUUUUCGAGACGGCGUGGUGCGUUCUGCAGGCGUUACCGUUCCUCCGAGUACGGCAGCGCAGGUUUCCUCAAGCUAACACAGAUUCAGGAGGAGGCUUCUCGAUGGGUUCGUCGUACUUCUAUCUCGAGUAUCUCUUGACAUGGCUGUCGGUUCUGGGUCCGGCAGGAUACAAGAACCCGGCGAUUUUCGCAUUGGAGUACACACUCGUCCCUGAUGCUUCGUUCCCCACGCAAGUCGAGGAGACACUGCAAGGUUACGAGCACGUCCUAGCGGUGGCGCAGGAUCCGUCCAUCGUAUGUGUAAGCGGCGAUUCUGCAGGUGCAACGCUUAUUCUGUGUUUGCUGCUCCGCUUGGGUGACAACCGGGCAAAUGGCAGCGGAAAGAAGCAGCUGCCCGCCAAACCUGCACUUGCUGUGUUAAUAUCGCCCUGGGCGACGCUGGUCUCGACUCGGCAUAAGAAUACUGCGAGCGACUACUUGGACGCGCAGCAGCUCUGUCGAUAUGGCACACAUUUCGCGGGCAACCGAAUCCCCGCGACAGACCCGUUAGUGUCACCGGGCUGUUGCAAGGAUAUUCUGUGGUGGGAGAGAUCUAGUCCGACCCAAGGUAUCGUCAUCACGUAUGGCACGGAGGAGGUGCUUGCACCUGACAUUGAGGGUCUCAUCAACACGCUCCGAGAAGCCGAAGUUGCCGUGAAGAGCAACGUAGAUAUCGGGGGCAUCCAUGCCUGGCCUGUUGCCUCGCUGUUUCUUUCUGGCGACCGCGACGACCGGCUGGACGGAAUAUUGACUAUGACGAAUGAAAUUAGACAACGGAUCCCAUAA